AUGGCUCUACGACCACGGUUGGCCGUGGCCACGGCCCUGGCCCUCGUAGGUCUAGUCACUGGACUUGCCGGCACCGACACCAUUACCUGGGGAGGAGACAAUUCGAGAGCUGGCUACCAAACAAAUCACAACAUGGACCCGGCUGUCGUUGGCAGCGACCAGUUUGGUCAAGUAUUUCGAACCACUCUGCCGGGCGUGUGGGUUGGCCAGCCGGAACAAAUCUUUUCGCAACCUCUCGUUUACACCCCCAACAACGACCCUAGGCAAUACGUGUACUUUGCCACCACUCAAAACAAUGUCUACAAGCUAGAUGCCAAGACUGGCCAGAUACUUGCGUCGCGAAACCUUCACAUUCCCUUCCUGACCGCGGAUCUUGAUGGCUGCGUCGACAUUAACCCAACCAUUGGCAUCACUGCUACUGGCGUCAUCGACCCCGACACCGAUACUCUGUACUUGACCUCAAAGACGUACGUCGAUCAAACUGGCGGCCAAAAGGCCCAAGGCAGGACUGCCGGGAGGUACUAUGUCCACGCUCUUGAUGUCAACAGCCUCGCCGAGCGCCCAAACUUCCCCGUCGACCUAGAGGGCAUCCGUGCCAGCAACGCUCCCGAUCGCAUAUUCAAGGGUGGAAUUCACCACCAGCGGACGGCUCUGCUGCACGAGGGCAACUACGUCUAUGCUGGCUUCGCCUCUCACUGCGUACAGUACGACUUCACCGGCUGGGUCAUUGGCUGGGAUAAGACGACCGGUAAGAUUGUCGAGAACUGGGCCACCGAAGGACAAGGCGUCCCAACCACCGUCAAGGGCGGCGGCAUCUGGAUGUCUGGCGGCGGCAUUGCUUCCGAUGACCAAGGUUCCAUCUUUCUAGCCACCGGGAACGGAUAUGCUUCCCAACUUUCCGAAGCCCCCGUCCGGGGGUUCAACCCUCCAACUUCGCUGGAAGAGGCGGCGCUGCACAUGAGCAUCAACGCCGACGGCAGUCUUCGGCUGGUUGAUUUUUUCAUGCCGUGGGAGAAGCAGGCUCUGGAUGGCGCGGACAAGGACCUGGGCACCAGUCCCCUGGAGAUUCUCCCCAGCCAAUUCUCGUGCGGUGCCAUCAAGCGCAUCGGUGUUGUCACCGGCAAGAGUGGCAAGACAUACUUUCUUAACCUGGACAGCCUUGGCGGCUACAGAAACGGCCCAGACAGGCUGGAUGACGUGAUUUACGUGUAUCAAAACGACAACUCUGUCUACGCCGGUGCUGGUGUCUACCCCCUGGAAGGUGGUUACAUCUACAUCAACGUCAUCCAAUACCCCACCGUUGUCUUCAAGUUUUCUUGCAAUAACGGUGUGCCUUCAUUCGCCAAGGUCGCCCAGACACGGGAAAAGAAUGCCUACAUCCUCGGCGUCAGCCAUGGUACGACAACCUCUCUCAACGGAAGACAAGGAACUGGCUUGUUGUGGAUCACCGACGUGCAGGGGCCAGGUCUCCGCGUGUACGACGCUGUGCCCCAGGCUGGUAGCCUAAACUUGAUCAAGUCCUUCAAAAUCCCUGGGGUAACCAAGUUCACUCGACCCGUCUUUGGCGACGGCAUGGUUUAUGUCGGAACGACUCUAGGUUACGUUUACGGCUUUGGAUCUCCCGUAAACGCUCCUCUGAACUGCACCUCACCAGUAGAUUUUGGGACGGUGAAUAUGAAGAACGGCAGCUCGGCUAAGCCUGUUACAUGCCAAGCUCUCAUACCCCUGACUGUGACAGCAAUCAAGCUCAACGAUCCCAGAGGCAACAACUUUGCCCUCUCGGGACUGCCCACCACGCCUUUGCAAAUGGCUGUCGAUGAUGCCUUCACCAUCAAUGCUACGUUUACGCCUUCUGACGUGGGUUUGCUUUCAAACGAUGUCCUCGUCACCACCACCAACAGUGCCGGCGGCUACAGCACCAACACCCAUGCACGCCUUGCCGGUACAGGACAGAGUGCAGGGCCAUUGCUCCAGAUCAGCCCCAGGAUCCUCUCCUUCAAGAAGGCGAUUACUGGAGCGGACCCCAACGGAGUUUCGGAGCCCUUCUUAGCUUCGAACCUGGGUAAUGGGUUGCUUACGGUGCAGUCUGUGCUGUACUCUCCCAGCAACGCUGACGGGCCGUCCCAGCUAUGGGACGGUCGAGGCGAUUUGGUAGUUGGCAAGUUCACACUGCAGAAGAUUCCCGCCGCCGUUGGUCCCAACUCUGCGGCCAGCGUCAACGUGAAGUUUGACACGUCGACAACUGGCACCUAUUCUUGCUACGUCAAGUUUGUGUCGGACGGGGGCAACGAGACCAUCUCGAUUACUGCGUCAGCUGGGCCUUGGCCCACUGCCCUUUUAGAAUUCCAAACCCCCGAUGGCAGCGGGUGGGUCAAGCAUACGCCGGACACGCCGUUCAGCUUCGGCAACGUCACGCAGAACACUUCCAAGUCGCUAUUGUUUCGCGUGACAAACUCCGCCCCCGAGGGAGCAGUUCCGUUGUCGCUCACUGUAUCCAAGCCCCCUUUCGGCGUCGCAGGACUUGUGCGAUCCCUGAACCAGGUGGACCUCGCCGAGGGCACGUCUCUCAACCCAGGCGAGAGCGCCAACGCCACGCUCAUUUGCAACGCCCCGUACGCGCAAUGGAAUACGGCUCCCUACAACGACACGGCUCGGUGGACCAUGAACACCAACGAUCCGACCUUUGGAAAGCAAUUCAUCCAGUUCUUCUGCAAUGCCGUCGCGGAGCAAGCACCGCCCCUGUUGCCCAGCGGAGAUGGCCGGUUCAAAUACAUUGGUUGCUAUCGAGACAACACUCCCGAUCGCCAGUUGCCAAACCAGAUAUACUCAUCUGAUACCUUGGUCAAUGCAGACUGUAUCCGCGCUUGCCACGCCAAGGGUUAUAUCUACUGCGGCACACAGUACGCGCGUGAAUGCUGGGCAGGCAAUACUAUUCCCAUGAUCAAGGUGGACGAAUCGAACUGCAACUUUAACUGCAUGGGAAGCUUGAAGCAGAUCUGCGGUGGGAAUGGAAACAACAACCCCGGAGCCUACUUGUCCGUAUUCGUCGACAGCCUCUGUGGGCGUGGUGGAUCAACUGAGCCGCCAACAGCCGCUCAGCCGCUCGUCAACUCGGGUGUCUCGGGCUAUGCCAGCAUCGGCUGCUACACUGAAUCUACUACUGGCCGCGCUCUGCCCAACGGAAAGGCCACCGACAAGAAAACGGUGAAGAACUGCGUAGAUGCUUGCAAAUCGAGCGGCUACAUUUAUGCCGGUGUAGAAUACGGAGGCGAGUGCUGGUGCGGCAACGCUUUUACUUCCGGCGCUGUUCCCGCCCCUAUCGCCGACUGCCAGAUGACUUGCAACGACAACUCUACCGAGUUCUGUGGCGGCCGUCUGAGGCUCAACGCAUAUCAAUUUACCCUCGGACCUACCAGUAUCAUGACAGCCACCACUUCACUGCCGUCACCACCCCUUCUCAGUUCCAAUCUUACCCUUGGCACGUCUCCGAGCAGAACCCAAGGCGCCACGGAUUCAAACGCCGCGGCAUUCCCUCCCACGCAGGCCUCUCCUGCCGCGCCAACGCAGACCGGUCCUUUCAGAAGAACCGAGAUUGGCCAGUGGGCUUAUCAAGGGUGCUGGACGCAGUCACUAGAGGGCCGCGCUCUGCGCGAUCGCGUAUUUGCCAGCGACGACAUGACGCUCGAGUCCUGCGCCGAGUUCUGCGCCGACCUGACGUAUUUCGGCGUGGAAUACGGCCGGGAGUGCUACUGCGGCAAGGAGAUUGCCGGGGAAAGUGAGAGGGCCGCAGACCAGCAAGACUGCAGCUUCCUCUGCCCUGGCGACGAGUCGCAGUACUGUGGUGCUGGGUCACGACUGGAGCUGUACAAAAUGGCAAGGCCCCGCCCCACGGCCACGGGAUGGGACGCAGGGCAGGCGCCACAAUCCUGGAACGGGACACGAGGGUGGUCGGCGACCACGAGGCCAUAA